AUGGAAAUGCCAUGGGCAGGAUCCGCACCAGGUUCUCUAUCUAGCCUCGAUCUGGCGAGCGAAGAAUCAUGGGGUGACGAGAAAAUUCGCCCUUUCUUUCCCCCACCAGACGAGGACACAUUCCCUACCGAGCAAACCUUUUUGGCUAGUCUGGUCCCCGUACCUUUGGAGACCGUCGAGCAUGACAAUAGAGAAUGUAUAUUCUGCGAAACACGUUAUGGGGAGAUCUCAGAUUCAGCACCGGGCAGUCCGGAGAUGCCAGUCAGAUUACGAUGUAAUCAUGUCUUUGGCGAACAAUGUGCACGUAGACAUUUCGGUCAACGCUUGAUUAUCGAGUUCAAUAUCCGCCCACUAGAAUUCCACCCAGGAACCAGAGGCAACAUCUUGAUCUCGAAGCUACAUGGCCACGCUGUAGAAGUGGACCAAUAUCUGGGCGACUUCAACCUCUUCAAAGGCCUCCUGGACAAUCUCCAUGAUGCCGAACGCUUAAAUCGAUUUUUUGGGCCAUAG